GAUAUACGUCUCAGGAUACAGGAAAUACGGAAAGAGCGAAACCGGGAGGAAGUUCAGUGCCUGGAGGGGAUCCGCCGCCAUCUCAGGUCUUUUGGCCUCGCCGGGGUCCACCAGAGAGAGCUGUCGCCCGGCUCCUAUAGUCCUUAUGGGGGAUCAGCCUUGUACCUCCGGGAGAUCCACGCUCCCAGCUGGAAACACGCGGGAAACUAAACCUCCAAAAAAGCGCUGCCUCCUAGCUCCACGGUGGGAUUAUCCAGAAGGAACCCCCAACGGAGGUCGUACCCCUCUCCCUUCGGCACCUCCUUCUGCAUCACCGGGCCUGAAGUCGCACCCACCUCCUCCAGAGAAGUAGUACAAUAUACUUCUCCCACCCCAAACCAGUCUUUGAAGGAUUGCAGUAUGACUCCAUUUCCUUGAUGCAUUCAUAAAAUAGUUCACUCAGCGAAGACAGUGAAGAUUAUUGACAAUGCUACCCUGCUUUUUCUGAUGUCCUGCACUGGGAAGUUGUGAUUUUUAAGUUUCAGAGCUUCCAAAUCAAUGUGUCAACUCCUCCAAGCCUCCAAAGUCAGCCAUGACAUCACCACACUUGACCCGCAAAAAGGUAAAUGAAAGCACAUUUUCUGACUAUUAUCCUCAGUCAUAAAGAGCAUAUAAAAGGGUCCUCAUGGAUAUUAGAUGCAGAAAUUUUUCUACAAGUGGACUACAUAUACCCCACACCCUCUAAUAAGGGUGGUUAUUGAUGGAGGUUUUUAUCUUCACCCCACA